ACGGUCGCAUGCAAAGUGGAGAACACUUAGAUGUCACUGCAUUGCUUGAAAUGGACCACCCCACAAACGCCGUCACAUGUCUUGACUCACAGAACAUGCAAACAGAAAACGUCAGCAGACAGGUGGCCCGCACGAGAGACGCCUGUGGGCAAAAACGCGGCCAAACCUCUCUCUCGGGCGUAAUGUACAUGUACGUAGCUCUCCUGUCCUUCUCUCUUAAGCCAUGCAGCACGAAAGACAUGAAGGCGUGUGAAUGAGGAGCACCAACAAAAAGGGAAGCAUUUCCCAGAAGAGAGAAGAUGUCCCCAACGCAUCCCCACCGCACAGAGAAACUCCCACUAUCCACCCACCCUCACACACUGGCCACAAACUUCACUUCACUCGCACACGCACCCACACACACAAGACAUCACACCCCACCCCACCCCAGCCCCUGUCUGUCGAUCAGUCUUCCGACCGCCUCUCGUUCGAGCAAGCCCCCUCCCCCUGCUUCUCGGCAGCGCACAUCAUCUGGCUCUCCCUCGCCUCCUCCUCACUAUCCUCUGUGUGCUUGUCCUCAUCCUCGAAGGCACCCAAAACGUCGUUGAGGGUACCGAAGGCGGCUUGGAGCAUGUCGUCCAGAGGGUCCGACUGGCGCCUGCCGCGUGCCGGUGCGGCAUCAUCCCAUCCCUCGUCGGUCUCGUCCACCACCCGCCCACCAUCUUCGUCGUCAUCCUUGUCCUCCUCCUCGUUGUCGUCCUCUUCCUCUUCCUCUUCUUGCUGUUCGGCCGCCCUCUGCGCUGAUGCACUGGGGACAUAGUCCGAGUCGGAGCUCCUGUCGUCAUCGUCAAGGUCGGGCACAUACCAAUGCGACCCGCGACUGACGGAACAAACACAGCACAACAACACAUGAAAUACAUACACGUGUGGUGUGUGGUGUGGUGGGUGUGUUGUGCGGUCAUUGAUCACCCCUCACCCGUCCAGGUCGAUGUGAUCCCAUUUUUCCUCAUCCCCGCCUCUCCGUGUGUUGUCGCUGUCAUCCUCCUCGCUGUCCAGCUCGCCAUUGCCCGAGCGCUGCAGCCGCCUGAGCAGUGCCGCCAGGUGUCCGUGAGAGCCCCUGAGGCGACCACGGGGCCGCCUGUCGCGUUCCAGCUUGGUGGCCUUGCGCUUGUCCUCCUUGAUGGCCAGCUGCCGCUUGUGCUCCGCCUUAUCCACGUGCUUCCACAACAACACCUGCAUACAACACGACGUGAUGGCCCGGUGUUGCUCUCGAUGUGUGUGUGUCGAUAUGCAGUGCAUGUGUCGGUGUCUGUCUGCAUACCCGUCCGUCCCAUGCGGCGCUGGUCAUGCAGGGGUAGUAGGGAUGCCAACUCACGUCACGCACCGGGUUCCUGAACAAGCCAUCCAUCCAUCAUACAUACUGUCCACCCAGUCGUGUGUGAGAUGGGUGCAUGGCUGUGCAGUGUAUCUGUCUGUCUCUGUACCGUUCGCCAGGUCUCGAGUGGUGCAGCUUCUGAACUCGCUCGCCGGUGGUCAGAUCCCAGAUGUACACGCGGCCGUCAGCACUGCCAGAAUACACGUACCUGCACACACACACAACACACACACGGUGACAGUGCCGCGGAUCAUGUAUAUAGUCGUGUGCUGGUCUGUGUGUGUGUGUGCCGUGCCGACCUGCUGCCUGUGCUGGCGGGUGAGAAGUUGCAUCGUAUGAGUGUUUUGAGGAUGCUGUGGCCCAGGAAGGUGUGCACACUCUGGUCGUGGCUGUGACGGUGACGCGCAAGGGCGGGGUUCACCGGGUACCUGUCACACACACGGACAGACAGACACACCGACACACAGGGUCAUGUUGCCCUUUCGCGUGUAUGUGAUAUGUGACCACCCUUACUGCUGCCAUCUGUAGUCCCAGCUGGGCGCCGCUCUGGUGUUGCACUUGUCCUCGUUGCCGCACUUACGAAUGUCCCACACCUGACGGAUGCGCACAAUCAAAGACAGCAGACAAACCACCCACCCACCUAGCAAUUUCGUGUGUGUUUGUGUGUGUGUGUGUGUCUGUGUGACCUUGAGGAGCUGGUCCUUAGCGUUUGAGCAGAGGUAGAAGGAGUUGAAAGGCCGCGCCCUCACACACGUCAGUCCCUGAGUGUGGCCCACCAGCACCUUAGCCGACUUGACGGGCGGCGCCAGGCUGCUGCGACGACGCAUGCUGAACACACAACACACACAAACAGAGAGAAAGAGAGAGCGUCAACACACAUAGAGCCAUCGAGUGCGAGUGGCUGGCUGACCCAAAUCUCCAUCUGCGUUGGGGGGCCUCCUCAGUGUCGUUGGAGUCCUUGAGUGCCUCCUCGGGCAUGCAUCGGAGGUCCCAUAUCUUGAUCAGGUUGUCAUCCGAGCCCGUGACGAACACGUUGUUGUCGAGCAGGCCGACAGAGCUGCCCAGCAGCUCUACCGUGUUGACGUCAUCCUCAUGACCCUGCACACACACACACGCAAGGCACGAACAGCAAAAGGGAGGGUGCCGACGGGUGUGCUGUGCUGUGCUGUGUGUGUUGUUGUCUUUGCUGUUGCCGACGUACCUUGCCCUUGACGAGGGUCUUCUUGCGCUCGAUGUCGUAGAUGUAGAAGUAGCCAUCGCUGGCCCCGGCGAUCAGCUUGGUGCCAUUCGCAGAGAACCGCACCGACCAUAUGCCGCCGUCCCACUGCGUGUCCAUGUUGUGCAGCUCGUGGAACACCCGUUCGCCUCUGGUGUUGCAGAUGGCCACGUAUGGCGCGAUGGUCGUGUAGGCGAAGAACUGGUUGUCGGGGCUGAUGGCCGUGUCAGUGAUGGUCCAGUGCAUCUCUGUCGCCACCACCUCCUUCAACAACUGCACACACACACACACACACACACACACAAAGAGAGAGAGAGAGAGAGAUGUAGCACCGGCACACGUGGAGCACAGCCCGGCUGCCCACCUUGAACUUGUUGGGGUUGGUGCUGUCGUAGAGGCGGAUCUUGGCGUCCUGGCACGCCGUGAAGAACAGCUUCCCGUCCGCGCCAAAAUGCCCGCCAUACACGCGGCUCCCGGGAUACGCACACUUGUUCAGCGGAAGAGGACUGUUCGGCACCAGCGUCUGCAAAACCUGAUGACACACAACCGACACACAAGCGAGACAGCGAAGAGCUUCCUCCCUCUGAUCUCGGAUGGUGCUCUGAUUUCCUUACCUCUGCCUGUGCGUAUCUGGGCAUGUCCAUGCCGCACCUCUGGAACCGCGCAUGCCACUGCACUAUGUGCCGCGGGCGGCAUAUGCGCAGGUCAGACACGAAGUCGAGCGUCCCGUUGUCCGCCUCCGCCGUGUGCUGCCGUACGCCUGUAAUGGGGAGGGGUAGAGUGCAUCUCUGUGCUGCCAGUUGACGUUUCUUGUCCGUACAGAUCUGCUUACGUUUCUGGCGCGAAUCGCUGCUUGAGGAGGCGGCCAUUUGGGGAUGAGUUGCCUUUCGCUUGCUGGCGCUUCGCGCCAUCCAAAGGCGGCCCUUUGCGAGGUUUUGACUGGGGAUUGCUGCGAGCUCAGCUCUGGAAACGAACCAUUGGAGCUGAGAAGAUGCCUUCCUCCGUGACCGUCGAAGACGCCCUGGCGUCAAUGCCAUCAUCGAACGGCAAGAGAGAGCCGUGAGCGCUGCAUAUAAUACGUUGGAAGGCCAU